AUGCCCGCUGCUACAGAAGUACUCCAGCCUGUCUCGCAGGACCCGUUUGUUCGGUCUCACAAGUCAGAGAACGGGACUGAACGGCCACAGAGUCAUGUCGGCGAGGAGACGAGCAACAAACAGUACAAUGGAAGCUCUGGCCACCGCAAGCCGUUGUUCACGUCCUAUCCCUCCAAUAGCCUCAACUUUCUUCGAGGCUUGAACACCACAAACGACGGAAAGACAUCGGAAAACGCCCCGUCAGCAUUGAUAUCUCUUGAUAUUCUCAUCGUUGGGGCUGGUCUUGGGGGCCUUGCAACAGCAGUCGCUCUGGCAAGGAGUGGCCACAAGGUUACUGUCUUAGAACAAGCCGCUCAGUUAUCAGAGGUUGGUGCUGGAAUCCAGAUCCCACCAAACUCGAGCAAACUUCUUCAACGAUGGGGGGUAAUGGACAUUAUGUCAGAACAGGCAGUACGUCCCGACGGUAUCUCGUUCCGUCGCUGGGAGAAUGGCCACCGUAUUGGCUUCACUGAUCUCUCUGAAUCUUUUAUUGAGCUCUGCGGAGCACCAUACUACGUCGCACAUCGUGCUCACCUACACUCUGCGCUCUACCAGCGAGCCAAGGAUCUUGGAGUUGCGGUUCGGUUGGAUAGCAGGGUCGCCAGCUACAACCAUCACCUCCCGUGUGCAACCCUGUCUAGCGGCGAGACCUUCUCGGCAGAUCUGAUUGUUGCUGCCGAUGGCGUCAAAUCAGUAGCCAGGAAUUUGCUGCCCUCCAACCAAGUUGGGGCAACGAAUUACACGGGGUUUGCAGUCUACCGAGCCACGGUGGAUGUCAGCAAGAUGAGAAAGAUCCCAGAAGUUGCCUGGAUUCUUGAGAAGCCCGGACUGCAUGUUUGGAUUGGCGAAGAUCGUCACGUCAUGACUUACACCAUCGCUGCUGGCGAAUCUUUCAACAUUGUGUUGUCUCAUAGGGACGUGAGGGAUCCUUCCACCUGGGAACAAAAGACGCAAGCCGAAAUUCUGGAAGAGAUGAGAGCGGAAUUCAGGGGUUGGGACUCACAGCUCACAAAAAUAAUCGAGUUGAUUGACACCACCGUCAAGUGGCCUCUGAUGGCUGGCGUCCCGUUGGAACGAUGGGUUGCGGAUUCUGAACGUCUUGUCAUCCUCGGUGAUGCGGCACAUGCAAUGCUCCCCUACAUGUCCCAGGGAGCGGCCAUGGCAGUCGAGGACGGCGCCGCUUUGGCUGUGGCACUCAACAACAUUGCAAGUCGUGAACAGCUUGGCCAUGCGCUUCAGGUAUUUCAAAAAGAAAGGAAGACACGAACCUCGAUGAUGCAGGAAGCCAGCAUGGUGAAUGCUCUGCUGUGGCACUUCAAGGAUGGCCCCGAACAGAAGGCUCGAGAUGAGGCGAUGCGCCCCGAAGUCGAGGGUCGCAAAUUUUCGAGCAGCCCAAACCAGUGGUCUGAUCCCCUUACUCAGUCUUGGGCUUAUGGUUAUGACGCCGAGGAUAAGAUGUUGGAGCAAUGGACGCGGGAAAGUGAGGCCUGA